AUGGUAUCUGAGCACUGGUGGUGCCAGAGAUACUGUCGCAAGGAGGCGGUGCCGUACCCCGUGAAAUCUGGUUUUAACGGAGUGACUAAGAAGCGUUCGCUGCGAGUUUCGUUGGUCCUCGACGCUUUCCGAAUCCCUUAUGAACAGAUCGACAUCAGCAGCCCUCUUCCGUUCGACGCGAAGGAAGUGUUGAAGAGCGUCAACGCCCUCAAUGACACGACUGUCUAUCUGCCGCAGAUUUUCAACGACGAAAACUAUUGCGGAGUAAAGCCAAUUUUGACUUGA